GCGGGAGGUGGGCGUGGCUCGCGCGCCGCUGCUCGGCCCAGUCCGUGACGUCAUAUAUUCGAGCACGUGACGUCAUCGCUGUGCGCCGCGGGAGGAGCGCGCGGGACGGCGCCGCCAUGAGCAGUGACCUGGACGUGUUUGUGGGGAACACGACACUGAUCGAUGAGGAGGUGUACCGGCUGUGGCUGGACGGACACUCAGUGGCCGAGGCGGUGGCCCGUCGCCUGCGGGGCGGGGUCCUCGAGCGCGAGGGGACGUCGGUGGCCGUGCUGCAGAGCGACACCCGCGACCACUACAGAACGUUCCAGAUGCUGGAGCGGCUCCUGCACGCCCCCCCCCGGCUGCUGCAGCAGCUGCUGUUCCAGAUCCCCCCCGAGAGACAGGCCCUGCUCGUGCAGAGGUACUACGCCUUCGACGAGGCGCUGGCCCGGGAGCUGCUGGGCAAGAAACUCUCCAAGGGCACCAAGAAGGAGCUGGACGAGGUCAGCGCCCGCACAGGGGUGGGGAUCCGCAGCUGCCGCCGCCAGUUUGACAACUUCAAGAGGGUUUUCAAGGCGGUGGAGGAGCUGCGGGGGCCCCUGGCCGAGAACAUCCAGCAGCUUUUCCUGCUGCCCCCCGCCCUGGCACGGGACUACGCCGCCAUCGUGUUCUUCGCCAACAGCCGCUUCGAGACGGGCAAGAGGCGCCUGCAGUUCCUGAGCUUCGGGGACUUCGCCGCCUGCGCACAGAGCAUGAUGGCCCACUGGAGCCAGGGGGCUUUGGCCCCUGAAGCAGCCGAUCCCGACGGGGACCUGCCCAAGUCGUUCCUGCAGGACCUGAAGGAGCUGAAGGUGCUGGUGAGCGACAAGGACCUGCUGGACCAGCACAAGAGCCUGGUGUGCUCGGCCCUGCGGGGGAAGAUCUCGGUCUACAACGAGCUCGAGGCCAAUUUCAAGGCUCUGUCGCGGGCCCUGGUGAACGUGGGGGGGAAGCUGACCCACGCCCGCGACGUGCGCGACUUCUUCGUGGACCUGGUGGAGAAGGUGAUCGAGCCGUGCCGCUCCGACAAGUGGAGCCCGGGGGACCUGAGGCUCUUCCUGACGCACUACACGGCAGCACCCCGAAACCUGCCGGGGUUCAGGCACCAAGCGCUGUGGGAGCGCUACAUGGCCGCCAUCAGCGCCUGCCUGCUGCGCAUGUACCACGACUGACCCCAAACUGCACCCCAAAAAUGGGGACAGCCUCAAGAGCUGCACCCCAAACUGCACCCCUGAAACGGACACAGCCCCAAAAACGGCGUCCUGAGGAUGCGGCGCCCCUGGGAAAGGAAAGGAUCCAGAACCUGCAAUGACCCCAAAAUGGGGGUACCCCAAAAGCUGAAGAUACCCCAAAAGCUGCGCUUGGGCAGCCUCCAAAUAUGGGACCCCAAAAAGGACAGGAAAUGUGAAAACCCAACGGGCCGAGGAUGGAGCAUCAGCACCCCAAAAUUUGGGUGUUUGGGGAACCUGCAGGAAAGGACCCCAAGCACCAGGACACCCCAAACCUGGGACACCCCAAAUCUCGAGGAGCAGCAGUGGCAGCGCCCCAAAAAUUGGGACAUUGGGAACAGGGAGACACCAAAAAAGAGGGGACCCCCAAAUCCGGGACUCCCCAAACCAGGGGUGCCCCUCCCGUGUGACCCCAAAAAUUGGGGUGGGGGUGCAAUAAAGAGCCGGAAUCGAG